ACUUCCUGCUCCUCCUCUGACACUGUGUGAACGACACCUCGACAGAACUUCAGAGACCUUCAUUCAAACUGAAACAGACUAAACCUUCAUCACGAAACUGAGGAUUUAUUUCAUUCAACUUUGACCUUAAACCAGUUUUCAUGGUUCAGGAUCAUCGUGAGGAAACAUGGCCGACGUGUUUGAGUUCGAUGACGGCUCUGUGGACUUCAGACCAUUUACGAGCUGCGCCGACCCGGAGGACGAGCUCGUAGCGAGUUUGGCGUCUUUCGUAAAACUCUACGAUCGACAUGAAGAUCGUCUUCAAAGAUGUUCGCAGAGCUUCACGCAGACGGUCGCUCGAGUGCGUGAAACACAGGAGCUGGUUCCUGGAAACAAAACGAUUCGCGGCGUGUUCGGCGGUGUUCUCGGGGCGGUUUCUGGCGGAAUCGCCGGUGGGGUGGGGGGUGCUUUGGGGGCAGUUGCUGCGACAACCUGCCAGAAACUUUGUGGAGAAAUCAGCGCAGUCGGUGCGACUGUCGGCUUCGCUGGGAGCGUGUUCGGGGGUGUGGCUGGGGGAGUGUUUACCGGAAGCGUCGGCGGUGCUGUCUGCACCACAGCUUCAAGUUCACUUCGUGGUUCAGUGAGCAAUGCAUUAUGGGUCACGAUGGGUUUUGCCACAGGUGGUGCAAUCGGUGGUGUUUUUGGCGGGACAGUUGGUGCAGCAGGUGGCGCUGUUGGUGGCGGGUUUGGGGCGUUGCAGGGGACGAGAUUUGCCGUUUACGUAGUUGGAGGCGCCGCUGAUAGUUUCAAAAUAGAGAAGAGGACGAGACAGGAAGUGAACGUGAUGCAACACACUGGACACGACUUCAGUGAAACCAUCAAACCUCUGCUGCUGGAGCUGAACUCAAUAAAAACCCUCGGGGAGAAAAUAAAGUCCAGUCCCGACGUUCAGCGCGUCGCACGACAAACUGCAGAGACUCUGGCUGCUGCGACCGCGAUGGAGAAAACUGUGGGUGAUUCCCAGAGAGUCACUGAUUCAACUCAGCUUGUUGAAGAGGCAGCGAAACAAAGCCGACGAAUCUGUGAGGAACUGAAGACAACGAGGACGGACGCAGAGAAACUCCUGAUUUCACUGAGGAUGAAACAAGAACCCAACAAACUCUGACACGUUCUCGACGGUUAAUGAAUCAGAACUGUGAUAAAGACACGGAUCGUCUUUAUUUUCAGUCUGGUUAUGAGGAGGAAAGAAUAUAAAAUAAAAAAUAUGAAAAUGUCUCAACUUCAACAGAGAAACUAACUGAAACUGUUUGUAAUUCAAACUUUAUCAUAAUAACAUGAUAUUUUAAGACUUUAAGGGUUCAUGGGUUCAGA